AUGUAUUAAGAAUUUACAACCUUAAUUAAUGGAAUGAGUAAUUAGAUUCCAAAAAAGAAUAUUGCUGAAGUUUAUAAACAUAAUAAGCAAAGAUAAUUGAAUUUAGUACAAAGGAAGAGUUGGGCUCCAUCAAUAAAAUAUUCAAUGUUUUAAUCUAAUUAUGGGACAAAUGAUUAUCAAAUAGUACCUCAAGAAAGUUCAGAUUCUGAAUCUAUUGUUUAUACACCUUCAUAAUAUCCAUCAUUACAUAAAGUUGCUUCUCAAAUUAUUAUGAUAUCAUAAUAUUCUUAGAUUCCCUGUUCAACAGUAUUAAAGGAUGGUUUAAAAUCUAAAUUGAUAAUAAAAAACAUUGAUGAGAAUAUUAACAUACAAAAAGUAUAAGAAUUUGUGGAUAAAUUACCUAUUAAAGGUUUUGUUUAAGAAAUUAAAUUAAUAUACUAUUAAUCAAAUCCAUGUUUAUUAUUUCAAUUAAAAACAGAUUAGCCAUUAAUAGUUGCUAAUCAAUUUAUGAAUAAAUAAAAUUAGAAACAAGCAAAAUCAAUAUUUGGUUAUAAAUUUAGUUGUGGUUAAUUGGCUUUGAUGAAUGAAGAAUUUGCUGCAAUAAUAUUAAGAGGUUUAGACAAAACAAUUAGUACUAAUUAAAUAGAGAAGAUAAUUUCUUAUACUUUAAAGAUAGAAUAGAAAGAGUGUAUUAGAGAGAUUCAAAAAUAAAUAAUUGAAAUAGAUGAUGUGGGUUGUAUUACAAUUGUUCUUAAAGAUUUGGAAUAUUGUGAGAGAAUUGUUAUAGCAUUUAAUGGGACUAAUUUGAAUGGAUUAUAAAAAAAUAAAAUAUUAGUUAAUGUUCAUCCUGAAUCUGUGAAGGUCCGAAGAAUCGAUCUUAGUUAAUCUAUUUAGAAAGGACUAUUAUAAGUAAAUUAAUUAAGCAAUAUAUAGAAAAUAAUCAAAUUUAAUGAAGAUGAUAUGAAUUGAC